GGGGGCGGAGUCACGUGCGUGCGGCAAGAUGGCGGCGCUCAGGGUGUCACGCUUGUCUCUGCUGCUUCGCGGGGCCGAGUGGGAGGCGGCGCCGCGCGGGGUUCUCGCGCCGCUGCCGCCGUCGCUACCCCGCGGCUGCCACCACCUCGCGCUGUGGCGCGCGGCGGAGGCGCCACGGGGUGGAGGCGGCAGCGCCGCCACCACGCAGGGCGUGCAUGGGCACUCGAGGCUGCUGCCGGGCAGGGGCUUCCACACGUCGGCCACAGCGUCGGCAGCGAAGAAGGACUACUACCAGAUCCUCGGUGUGGCAAAGGAUGUGGCACAGAAGGACAUCAAGAAGUCUUACUAUCAGCUCGCAAAGAAGUACCACCCAGAUACGAAUAAGGACGAUCCCAAGGCCAAGGAGAAGUUUGCGGAACUGGCCGAGGCCUACGAGGUGCUGAGCGACGACGCCAAGCGCAAGCAGUACGACACGUACGGCUCUGCCGGCUUCGAUGCCGGUUUCGGCUCGGGAGCCGGCACAGGAGGGCAGCAGUACUGGCGCGCGGGCUCCACCGUGGACCCCGAGGAGCUCUUCCGCAAGAUAUUCGGGGAGUUCUCGCGGUCCAACUUCGGGGACUUCUCCUCCAUGUUUGACCAGCCUCAAGAGUUCUUCAUGGAGCUGACCUUCACACAGGCGGCCAAGGGAGUGAACAAGGAGAUUGCUCUGUUUCUCAACGACACGUGUCAGCGCUGUGAAGGGCGCGGCAAUGAGCCGGGCACCAAACUCCAGCGCUGCCACUACUGCAACGGCACGGGCAUGGAAACGAUAAACACAGGGCCCUUUGUGAUGAGGUCCACGUGCCGCCGGUGCUCCGGCAAGGGCACCAUCAUGACGAACCCGUGCACGCUGUGCCACGGCUCUGGGGAGACCAAGCAGAAGAAGACGGUGGUGGUGCCCGUGCCCGCCGGAGUGGAAGACGGACAAACGGUUCGCAUGCCUGUGGGGAAGAAGGAAAUCUUCAUCACGUUCAGGGUGCAGAAGAGCGCCACGUUCCGCCGCGAGGGGGCGGACGUUCACUCGGACCUCCACAUCUCCGUCGCGCAGGCGCUGCUGGGCGGCACGGCGCGCGUACAGGGUCUCUACGACUCCUUCACCAUCACAAUACCAAGUGGGGUCCAGCCGGACCACCGGAUACGCAUGGCUGGCAAGGGAAUCAACCGCGUGAACAGCUACGGCUACGGCGAUCACUACAUCCACGUCAAGAUCCGCAUCCCCAAACGCUUGUCGGAGCGCCAGAAAGCAUUGCUGCUGGAGUACGCAGAGGAGGAGAGUGACGUGGAGGGGACGGUGACAGGCAUCGCCAACACGAGCACAGAGAGGAGUAAGGCCAGCCAUACCUCGGACACUCGCUCGCACUCUGAGCAGCAGCAGCAGCAGCAGCAGCAGCCGAAGGAGGGAUUUUUUAAUAAAUUAAAGAAAUUGUUCAACUGAAGGGUCUUCUUCCUGAGGCAGGGAAAAGGUGGACUGGUACCUAGAUGUGCACAAGACUGCCAUGGAGGAACAACACGUAAAAUAUGACCUGCCCUUUUCCAUGGUCUACUGCCCUAGCCUCUCUAUAUGAUAUAUCCCCCACGUUCCCCGUCUAGCUAUGUCUUUGCACAGCAUUAUUGUACAUCACAAGAUAACAUAGACACAUAAUAGGCUGUUGUAAAGUAAGUGGCAGGUCGUGUUUACAGAAAUGGACGAAAGCAUCAUACUUUUAAGAAUAAUCCUCUGUACAAAUGUUUCCUUAAUGUCCAAAGUUCCUAUCGGUAUUUUCAAAAUUAAACUAAUUAUGCCUAUACAGUAUUUAUUUUUUCUCCUUGGUUGCUAUUUUGGUAUUUCUAAAUCAAUUUUAAGUUUAAGAUUCAAAGCAAAAGAUCGUUAUACAUGCCCCUAAAGUCUUCAAUGAAGCUAAAAUGCACAACCGUCCAUUGUUAUGCUUUAACUGCAGAAACCCGUUAUGUGCAUAUAUUGUUUCUGCUUUUUAGGAAAUGGGCUUGUUAUGUAAAGACUGAGCUGCAUUCUGAUUAAAACGGCAACUAUUAAGA